AUGGCCAUUAUUGAAGAUGUGGAUGACGACGCUGCGUCACUGCAAAGUCCCAAAGAACAGACGCUGCGUGAAAAUACUUUCAUUCCCGGAAAUGACGAGACUACUGAGCUAGAGGAUGAGCAGGUGCUCGAUGCCUGGGAUGAUUCUGACGUGGAGGAUGAUGACGAUGAUGACGAUGAUGACGGCGAAAUCGACCUAGACUACCCGUCUUAUAAAGAACAUACGGCGAAAGAUUUGUAUGAAGAAAUUGAGGAUGCGCAACUAUCAGGUACAAUGACAUUCACCCUGGACUUGAUUACAUGGAGUAUCCCCUUUCUCUUCAUUUUCGAGAUCCUGAGCCUGCUUGUACAGAAACAAUACAAUGAGGAAUUCUCACUGACAAAUGAAAUCCAGCAGAUAUUAGCUCGUAUGCCUCACCUUUGCGAAAAGCGCCGGUGGCUCAUACAAUCCGUUAUGUUUGUGCUCGGUACACUCGCUGGUUGCUACAUGGCCUACCUGGUGAAUCGUGAAAUCGUAGUUUUACACGAAGGGCCACAGUGGCUGCGUCGUCGUCUUAACGGGUUUCGUCCCAACGACCUCUUAGCCAAGAUGCCUCCUAAGAAGUCUGCAAUCGCGGCCGCGGCCAGCAAGACAGGCAAGAAGAAGAAGUGGUCCAAGGGCAAGGUCAAGGACAAGGCCCAAAACGCUGUUUACCUCGACAAGGUCCUGUACGAGCGUGUCAUCAAAGAGGUGCCAACCUUCAAGAUGAUUACGCCCAGUGUGCUGAUUGACCGCUUGAAGAUCAAUGGUUCCUUGGCUCGUUUGGCGAUCCGUCACUUUGAGCGUGAGGGUCAGAUUAAGCCAUUGAUCCACCACCACGGCCAGCUCGUUUACACGCGCGCUCGCAACGACUAA